CUGGAUGUCAAAAAUAUAACCUAAAAAUGAAAUUUUGAAAAUGCUACAAAAUAGUCAAAGAAUAAGAACGUUAUGUGCGGCGGCCCAAAGUUUAUAUCUAAAUCAAGCAAAAUUAUUAGAAAAAAGUGCUGCAAAAUAUGUAGUAACGUUAAAUCAAAAGCGAGGUAAAAAAGAUGAUUCAAUAUCCAGUUUAUUUGUUCCGAUUGCUAUUAAACCGAAUCCAGAUGAUAUUAAUGUGGGAGCAGAGUUGACAGGGACGUUAAAUAAAGCCGAUUUGCUCAAGGUUUUGAAUAAGUUUUAUCAGAAGAAGGAAAUAAAGCAGUUGUUGGUAGAAAAUGGGCUGGACAAAUACUUGCAACACCAAGCCUAUGUAAGCUUUAGGAGAUACUGUUUGGAGGCCAACACUUUACCAGUGGACAUCCAUGUCGUCGUUAGUGAUAUUUUACAAGGAGCGGGAAAUGUAACAGACAUUUUUCCGUACUUUUUACGGCACGCAAGGCAAAUGUUCCCGCACUUGGAAUGCAUGGACGAUCUAAAGAAAAUAUCCGACUUAAGAACGCCAGCAAAUUGGUACCCAGAGGCCAGAAGUUUAAAUAGAAAAAUCAUUUUUCAUGCUGGUCCGACAAAUUCAGGGAAAACAUACCAUGCUUUGGAAAGAUUUAUGACCGCAAAAUCAGGGGUGUACUGCGGGCCCCUUAAAUUAUUGGCCAGCGAGGUUUUUACUAAAGCCAAUGGAAGGGGUACUCCCUGUGAUUUGGUGACUGGUGAAGAGAGAAAAUAUGCAGAUCCUGCUGGAAGUGCCUCAAGCCACGUAUCUUGUACUGUUGAAAUGACAUCUGUUAGCACACCAUAUGAAGUAGCAGUAAUAGACGAAAUCCAAAUGAUAAAAGACCCACAGCGUGGUUGGGCGUGGACCAGAGCCUUGCUCGGACUAACGGCCGAAGAGAUCCAUCUGUGCGGCGAAGCCGGAACCAUAGACCUAAUAAAACAAAUGUGCCUGACGACCAACGAAGACAUGGAGGUUCGAAACUACAAGCGUCUAACGGAACUCGAGGUGGAGGACGAGUGCCUGGGCAGCCUGGACAACGUCCAGCCGGGCGAUUGCUUCGUGUGCUUCAGCAAAAACGACAUCUACUCGGUUUCGAGGAGCAUCGAAGCUACCGGCAAAGAGGUGGCCGUCAUCUACGGCGGACUGCCGCCCGGCACGAAGCUGGCUCAAGCUGCCAAGUUCAACGAUCCAGAGAACAGCUGCAAGAUUCUAGUUGCCACGGAUGCCAUAGGGAUGGGAUUGAAUUUGAGCAUCAGAAGAGUGAUCUUCUACUCGCUCAUAAAACCGACGAUGAACGAGAAGGGCGAAAAAGAAAUGGACACCAUAUCGGUGUCGCAAGCCCUGCAGAUAGCGGGGAGAGCGGGGAGAUACGGCACCCAAUGGGAGCGAGGUUUCGUGACGACGUUCAAGUCCGAGGACCUGCCGACGUUAAAAAUGCUGCUGGCCUCGCCGCCCGAACCAAUCACGCAAGGCGGAUUGCACCCCACCGCGGACCAGAUAGAACUGUACGCGUAUCAUCUGCCCAACUCCACUCUCAGCAAUUUGAUGGAUAUUUUUGUCAACUUAUCUACAGUGGACGACUCCUUGUAUUUUAUGUGUAACAUAGAAGAUUUUAAAUUCUUAGCCGAUAUGAUACAACACGUACCUUUACCUUUACGAGCCAGAUACGUGUUUUGCUGUGCCCCAAUAAACAAGAAGAUGCCGUUUGUGUGUACCAUGUUCCUUAAAUUCACAAGGCAAUACAGCAAAAACGAACCAAUAACUUUUGAUUGGUUGUGCAGAAACAUAGGUUGGCCUUUACAGCCACCCAAAACCAUUAUUGAUUUGGUCCAUUUAGAAGCAGUUUUUGACGUGCUGGAUCUGUAUCUUUGGUUGAGUUACCGUUUCAUGGACUUAUUCAACGAAGCACACCUAAUACGAGACAUGCAGCAAGAGUUAGACUUAAUAAUACAGCAGGGCAUAGUACAAUUAACGAGGUUGCUGAGAAAUUCGGAAACAGGGGUCAGUUCUGGAACCUCGGCGGCCGAUGACGACGAGUUCGAGUUAAAUAGACAGAAACAGAAUUAUCUUAGAGAUUCAAAGUCUUCCCAAAUUGGCAGAGGUAGGUUGACAGAGAGGCUUUUGGCCCAAGGUAUUUUGACUCCUAAUAUGCUGAACGAGUUAAAAAAGGAAUGGGAUAAGAAGGGAAAUGGUAGUUUUACCAAUGAUGAUGGUGAUAAUGAACCCCAGAAACCAAGGAGGAAACGAAAACCAAAUAAUAUAAAUAAGUUUUAAUUAGAAUUGUUUUUCUAUAUUAUACAUAUUUUUUCCUAUAAAUCAAUAAA